AAAGUGUAUCAAAUAUACUUUAGUGAAAGAUUACUCAACUCAGGAGCUAACUUGUAUUCAGUAAUGCUGCGAUUACACUGGACUACCCGAACGGUAGGUAAGUACAAGAAUACAAGAAUAAGAGAGGUAAUUCUAUUUUCUAAGCUCUGAGUCUUAAAAUGCUAACCCCUUACAAUGUUCUUAAUGCAAGUAUUUAUACUAAAAUGAGGAUGGAUAAGCUGGACACGUGGCUGAAUCCUGUAGGCUGUGACCCCUGCCUCCACAUAUGCACCCAUGCCUCCACUUGCUGCUACCAUGCUUUAGCAUUAAAAGCGGCCUCCACUUGCUGACUACCCGGUCGGGUAGGGCGUUCGGUGUGCGGGACCCCACCAUGGGUGUUUGGGUGUAAUUGUUUCCUGAAAUACUCCAAGUAGAAGAAUGGUGUCGAACGCCGAUCGGGUCUGGACUGCUUUGAGCCUUAUGUUUCCUCCUGGCUUCUUCAUACUUUGGGCCGGGGGUAUUGGGCCUGGACCCAAUAUCCCAACAAUCUCUAAGAGCAAAUAAGAUACUAAGCUAAUUUUAGGAGCAACUAGACCACUAAGUUAAACCUCUAAGAGCAAAUAAGACACUAAGCUAAUUUUAGGAGCAAAGAACACCUUUUUGAUGAAUUCAUUACUCCGUAUCAUUUAGGCCACUCCCUAAAACUCCUUAACAGAAGCCAACUGUGAGUUCAUCUUCCCAUUAAUUUUUUAUUUUAUUAUCACAAUUGCGGUCUUAAAUAAAAUUUUAAGACUAAACAAAUCAAAACUUUAAGCAUGUCAAUGAAUUACAUUAUGAUGUAUAAUGUAAACACCGAACAAUGUAAAGUCAUAUAUCUAAAAAUAUUGAAAAAAUCAAUGCAACUAAGAUAAAUAUCAAAUGGAAAAUAAAACAGUAAAUUUAGAUAUAACAAGCGAUCCUAAAGAAUAAAAUAAAGUAAGUUUUUAAAAUAUGUUAGCAUGAAGCAGAAUGUUUUCUUGUUGGCCCUUGUAUCACAUUUCUACAUUGAGGGAUAGCGCAGAUUAUUAUAAUGAUUUAUUACGGAGUCAUUUUCUAAUUAAUUAAUUUAAAAUUUUGAAAUUAUAAGCUGUUAAAAAAAUAUGUCUUAGGUGUCACAACUAAUGUGACAAGGGCAAUGAAAUCUUCCCAGCUAAGUCAAUUAAACUUCAUGUGAGAUUGAAUUGAACCUAGAUACACUUACGUAGUAUAAUACUAUAAUGGUCAUUAGAAUGAUUUUACUUCCAAUUUGGUGUGGAUAAAACUGAGAACAUGAGGAAGAGGUGGUUUUCUUUUUUUUAACAUUGGUCCCAUAUUGUUUUAAAUUUCCGUGUCAAAGUGGAGAAAAUUAAUAGAGUAAGGAGUGAGGAGAUAUGUCUUCCAUUAGAAAUUGUUAAUGAUUGGCGUAAACGAUAAUAAAAUCAUGCCAAAAUGUGUUUUUUGUCCCAAAAUUAGCUUAAUGUCAUAUUUGCUUUUAUAGAUUUAGCUUAGUGUUUUAUUUGCUUUUAGAAGUUUACCUGGUCUAAUUGCUCCUUCUCCCAUUCCCGAAUUCGAAAUUUCAAAGCAUCCCGCCAGAAAACGCACUGAGAGCUGGAGAAAAUGGACGCUCAAGGGCCGACGCUGAAGCUAACUGUGGAGAAAGGUCCACUCGCUGGCCAAUGCCUGGAAUUCAAACCUGGUUUUACCGUCCGACUUGGCCGAGUUCGCCGCCCUGGCCGUGGGCCGUUCAACAAUCUCGUCAUCAAAGAUGCAGAUUCCGGCAUCGAAGAUCCCGGCAUCUCCUCCAGACACCUCACCGUCGAGUUCAACUCCUCCGACGGGAAAUGGGUCAUCUGCGACCUCGGAUCCCUUAACGGGACCUUUCUCAAUGGCGACAAACUUGACCCGUCCUGUCCUGCAGCGCUUUCUGACAGCGACGUCAUUAAGAUCGGGGAUCUCACUACAAUUAAGGUCCAAAUCCAUGGUCUCCACCGCGCUUCUACCGAGGAAAAGGUAAACCCUAGGGCGAAAGCCGCCACCGACACCGCACAGAAAGAUAACCGCAUUGUGUCUGAGAAUCCCGUGUUAGGGUUAGCGGAUGCAGAGUUGGGGAAGACGAAGAGGCGCCCCCCUCCCCGUCCCAGGGGCAGGCCUCAGAAGGGAAGUAAUGUGAUCAGUGACAAGGUCGAACCUCAAGCUGAGGGCACUGGUUUUGAUAAAGGCAGGACUUCUCAUGUUGAAAUUGCUAUUGUUGAGAACACAGAGAGCUUCAGCGUGAUAGAGACUGAUGAAGAUGGUGGUCAGCCUAGGACCAGGAAUGGCCGGGGAAGAGGAGGACGAGCAAAGGCGGGAAGGGCCACCACCAGAAGUACAAAGCAGAGCAUUCUACAGGCAGAGAGUGUCACACCAGUUCAUUUGGAUGAUGGUAAUGCAGCAAAUUCCUCUAGCUUAAAGAAGGACGGAGAUGAACUUCAAGCUGAAGGCACUGGACUUGAAAAUGCAAGUCCAAUAAGAAAAAGGAAUUCAGUCAAGGUAGAGAAUUUCAGUGAUGGGGCUUCUCAAGUUGAAAUGAAUGUUGUUGAGAAAACAGAUAGCUUCAGCACGAUAGAAACAUUGGAUUUGGAAACUAUGACCAUGGGUGAGUGGCUUGCGUAUUUGGAGGUUGAGCUCCCAAAACAAAUAAUUGAAGCCUCAGAGGAGAUGAUAUCAGAAAUGAGAAAGAAGGCAGAGAUGUUUCAAGAAUUUAUGAAGAACCAAAAGAAUGCAAAGGAUCGGAGGACCUGAUGUGAGGUAUAUAUUAGACUGCCUUGGGGAGAUCAGAAGAAUCACUGGUUCUCUGGAAAUCUCAUAGGAGAAUAUCCUCUUGCUGUAAUACUUUUGUUUCAUUUGAAGGCCAGUGGUGGUUUUAAAUUCGUACAUGGAAGAACAAACUUGUGAGAAUCUUGAGAUCUUGCUUUAAGCUGACUUAAUGCUCCCACAUUCCCUUUUAUGCAUAACCAUGAUGCUCUAAGUUCUGCAUGAGGCACCACUCUUAUGGUACUAAGAUCUCUGAGUCCUAGAUUUAGUUCUUACAUGAACUUUACUCCUAUGAAUGGGGGAGUUUCACUGUUAAAAUUUUAUUAGCUGUUGUGCUUGAGAAAAGAUGUGAUCGAUAUUGAUGAUUGGUUUUGUUUUUUAUUCUUAAAA